GGCAGCAAAACGCGGUUAUAUUUAGCAGCUCGGCCAUAAGCCCUUAUGGGCUACACAAAGCAGCGAAGGCAACAAGAAAAUCUUUUUCGGAGAAGCUGUCUAGUAGUUACCGUAGACUUGUAGACUGCAGUACCAUGGUGAUCACAUGUGAACAUUUCCAAAUUUUUGUGUUUGCGUCAUUGCAUGUGUGAUGACAUCGUGACAAGGAUAAUAAUUUCUGUGACUUGUGACAAAUACACGCGAGAGGCAUUGGUACUGGCCCCAAGAUGAGCGCUGCUGGAGGGGGCGGAAAGCCCCAUAUUUUUAGUGUAACCCUCCGCCGGACGUCACCCAACGUCCCGUGGGGGAUCAGAAUUGUGGGGGGCUCGGACACCGGCUCGUGCCUCAUCAUCACCAGGGCACAAGAAGGUGGAGAAGUGCGUCGAGGCGACAUCAUCAAGAAGAUUGCUGAUUACGACGCCCGAGACCUGAGACACGAAGACGCGCAGAACUUGUUCAGAAAUGCUGGAAACACAGUCUCCCUCGUUGUACAGAGGGACGCUACCGCUGCUGGUGUCAGACCGGGCGCCACGCCCCCGGUGGCGGGCGGCGUCCCAACACCCUUCGCGGCUGCACUUCCUUCCUCGGCCACCUCGCCCAAGCCUUACGUGAACUCAGCAACACCCACCCUGGGGUCUCCGAGCCCCGUGUCCAAGCCGGUGAACAGGGCGCCGUCCCCAAUUGUGUUCCCGCCCCCGCUGCCGGUCUCUCAGGAUUUCAACUUCCAGCCGACAGCAAAGGCUCACGUACAGUUCCGCCCUGCUGAGCCCGGAGUGUUUGACGAGCAUGACGAGGAGUUGAGCGCCAUCGCAAACCAGCCAUACCGCACAACGCCCCUAGUUCUUCCAGGUGCUAAGGUCAAGAAAGAUGCUGUAACUACGACGUCAUACCUACGCCAUCAUCCCAAUCCGAAGUUCAGAGCACCUCCGUCUCAUUAUGACACAUCAGCUGAAGUGCUUAUGAAACAAAAGGUUGCAGACACUGUACUUCAGCGAGUUGCAGGUGAAGAGGCAGUGACUGGGAAGAAGGUGGUGCAUAAACAGUUCAAUUCGCCAAUUGGUUUAUAUUCUGAUCACAACAUUGCUGAGACAAUUCAUUCACAAACAGGGAUUACACCGAACAAUGCAGGAGUAGGAACUUCAACGCUGAAUCGACGAAAUCAAAGCAAAGUGAGCUUGAGGAAGACACUUAGCUAUGACCCUGCCAAGUCAGAGACGUUCAAAGCACUUCAAGAAGCAGAACUGGGAGACUCAAUCCAAGAGGUGACAGCUCCUGCUCAAACUCGAGUAUUCUCACCAAGUGCACAGCUCAAGAGAGCACCUGGUCCCCAGCCAUACCAACAUAAGGCCGCAUCUGGACCUGCUUAUACUGUAAAUUCAAUCGGUAAUUCUGAUGAAUAUAUUCACCAAAGUGGAAGUUUCAAACGCUUAAUGAACCAAGUUCUGGGUGAGUCUGAAUACUAAAGGAAACACAACAAGAUCAAUUGCUGCGUCCAUUAAAUGUAAUUACACACAAACUCUCUGGUAAAGUGUCAUUAGAUGAAUUUUAAAUGUGCUGUUCCAAUGUGAAAAUGUCUCUGUCUGCAAUUUCUUCAAACCAAUGUGUUCAGAAUAUAAAUGAAAUUAUUUUUAUUUUGUCUGCAGUAGGUUAGAUACAUAAUCAUUGUCAUUUCUCUGAUUUAUUUACAGCUAUUUUUAAGUUCUCAUUUUGUUCACACACUGCUAUUGUUUCUUCCUCAUUUAUUACCUGAAUUAAGGAGUGAAGAAUCAUGUAGAUAUAACAAUUCAUGUUAUUUCUGUAAUGAAGAAUUCACUGAGUGUAAUAUCUAGUCAGUAAAAGCUUUUCAAGCAAAUGAUAAAUAUAUUCACUGUGUAUGCCGAAAAUUAAAACUUGUCAGGAAAAAGUGCAUAAAUGUGUUUCACUUAUUGUAAAUGCUUUGUAACUAAGAAGUGUUUGAAUGUGCUUUGUUUCUUACACAGAAAAGUGCAAAAACUGUAUUUAUAUUAACCACCUUCAUCUGUAUGAAUGAUUUAUUUUCAGUUGUAAAAUAGCUGUUUUGAAUUGAACUUGUGCUAAGCAGAGCAAACUGUAAAAAGGGUUUUAGAAAGGAAUGUUACUUUGCUUUUCCAAAUUUCAGCAAUGUAAAAUUACCUUCUAUAGCAAAUAACCACUUCUUUCCACUAAUAAAGAUAUAUUUUUGUUUU